AUGAAUACCACCACGAGCCGCUCAAACCUCACGGACCUUGUCUCUACGGUCUCCGGGGACACAGUGAAGCAACUUUUCGAGACCAGUUCAACAGCUCAUUAUGACGUAUCCAGGCUGAGCGAUACCUUCGCUGACUUUUCCCCGACAGUCGCAGGGGGCGCAACGAGAGAAACGCUGAGGAAUAUUAGCACGACUGAGAAUAGCACCGUGAGCAGUUCAGGGCUAUGGAACCUGGUCUCCACGGUCGCCACAGACACGAUGAAGCGAAUGUUCGAGACCAGUUCAACUGCACAUUAUGACGCACCCGGCCUAGAUUACAGCCCGACUGACUCUGUCGCACCAGUCACUGUGAACACAACACAGGAAGCGUUGCAUAAUACUACCGAGGGCGAAAGUACCACCAUGAGCAGUUCAAGUCUUUUUGACCUAGUCUCCACGGUUACCUCGACCACGAUGAAACGAAUGUUCGAGGCCAGUUCAACUGCACAUUAUGUCGCACCUGGCCUAACUGACUCUGUCGCAUCAGUCACUGUGAACACAACAAAGAAAGCAUUGCGUAAUACUACCGAGGGCGAGAGUACCACCAUGAGCAGUUCAAGCCUUUUGGACCUGGUCUCCACGGUCGCCACAGACACGAUGAAGCGAAUGUUCGAGACCAGUUCAAGUGCACAUUAUGACGCACCCGGCCUAGGUUACAGCUCGACUGACUCAGUCGCACCAGUCACU